AUGGGGACCCGCUACGCGCGUGUAUUUUUGUGCCUUAUUCCGAUAUGCAUGUCUCAAAUACAAUUUAGCAGCCAUGCUACUUUGGAGCCUUACGACCUGUUAUUCGACAGUGCCGUUGAAGCCUACUACAAGGCGGACUGGAUUUCGGUUAUCCUGAACAUGGAGAAAGCGAUCAGGAACAAGGCUGCAGUCCGCAAGGUGAAGACGGAGUGCCGGAUAACGUGCGCCAACCGGACCGCCUUCAGCGAGCCCCUAUACGGCUACGGCCCGCCGAUACCGGGCGCUGGUGCCGUCGAGGACCUCGGCUUUUUCCAGCAGAUCCUCAAACGGGCGGAUUGCGUGAAGUCCUGCGAAAAUGAGAAACUUGGCCCAUCCACUCUGCACAAAGUGGGCGAAGAAGUGGAGCUCGAGUUUACAAAGAGGACACCAUACAAUUAUUUGCAAGUCGCCUAUUUUAAGAUCAAUAAACUGGACAAGGCAGUGGCAGCGGCCAACACCUUCUUCUUGGCUAAUCCAGAUCACCUGGAGAUGAAGCAGAACUUGGACUACUACAGGAUGAUGGCGGGAGUGAAUGAGGAGGACUUCAAGGACCUGGAAGCUCAGCCGCAUAUGGCAGAGUUUCUUCUGGGGAAGCGGUAUUACAGCGAUGACUCGUUUGGUCUGGCAGCUGGACACUUUGAAUUGACUGCAGAGGAGUAUUUCGUAGCAGAUAGAGAGUGCAGAGUGCUGUGUGAGGGAGCCCAUGAUUACGAUGGGUACAACUACAUGGAGUACAAAGCUGACCUGUUCCAGUCCAUGACAGACCAUUACAUGCAGGUGCUGAACUGUCAGCAGCGCUGCGCCGUAGAGCUGGCCUCAACUGCAGGCAGAAGCAAGCCUUUUGAGAACUUCCUUCCCUCACUCUUCAACUACCUCCAGUUCUCCUACUACAACAGUGAGAAGUAUAAGCAGGCCAUAGAGUGUGCCAAGACCUUCCUGCUGUUCCAUCCUAAGGAUGAGGUUAUGAACCAGAACCUGGCCUAUUACUCUGUCGUGUUCGGGGAAGACAAGGCAGAAGGUGUUUCCCCCAGGGAGGUGGUGAAACGUUACAUCCAGCAGUCCUUACUGGAGAAAGAGCUGCUCUACUUUGGCUAUGAAGUCUUUGGAAUCACCUUUGUGGAUCCAGACACAUGGACUCCCGAGGACAUCAUGCCUCAGAAACUGAGAGAGAAGCAGAAAGCGGACAGGGAGACAGCGGCCCGGAUCACAGAGGAGAUUGGGAACCUAAUGAAGGAGAUUGAAACCCUGGUAGAAGAGAAGAAUAAGGACUCGUCAGACUUGGCCAAGUUAAUCACCGAACCGGAGAGUGGUCCUCUAUUGUAUGAUGACAUCAAGAUCACCAUGAUGUCCAAACAGCUCAACGGGUCUAAUAGGGUGCUGCUGGAUGGCGUGAUCAGUGAUGACGAAUGCCGGGAGCUCUACCACCUUUCCAAUGCUGCUGCUCUGAAAGGUGAUGGCUACAGAGGGCGCCCUUCUCCCCACUCCCCAAAUGAGAUGUUCCAGGGAGUUACCGUCCUAAAGGCUGUAAAGCUUGGGCAGGAGGGGAAGGUGCCUCUUAAGAGUGCCCGUCUGUUUUUUGACCUGAGCGAGAAGGUGAGGAAGAUUGUGGAGUCCUUCUUCCAUCUGAACACAACACUUUACUUCUCCUACUCACACUUGGUGUGCCGCUCUGCAAUUGAAGAAAAGCAAGAGGAACGUGAGGACCUGAGCCACCCUGUCCAUGUGGACAACUGUCUGCUGAUCUCUGAGCUCAAUGAAUGUAUCAAGGAACCUCCUGCAUACACACACAGAGACUACAGCGCCAUCCUAUAUCUAAAUGGAGAUUUUGAGGGGGGAGAUUUCAUUUUUACUGAGCUGGAUGCUAAAACAAUCACGGCUGAAGUGCGUCCAAAGUGCGGUCGUGUGGUAGGGUUCGGCUCAGGGAAGGAGAAUCCUCAUGGUGUGAGAGCUGUCACCAAGGGCCAGAGAUGUGCUGUAGCACUGUGGUUCACCCUCGACCCAGCCCACGAGGAGAAGGAAAGGAUCGAAGCACAGGAGAUGCUGAAGAUGUUCUCUACCCCCCUGAAUGAGGAGUUCAGCAAAACAGAGGCGAAAGACACCUCAGAAUCUCAGCGCACCCCCUCAGACCAUGAAUCAGCACAGAUGUCAGCAGACAAAACCAAUGAAAAACCGGCCAAGAAACCUGAAAAAUCAGCCAGCACAAAGGUUGAAACCCCACCUGCUGAUGCGCCAAAGGAUAAGGCUGCGGAUAAAGCGGCCAGCAAAAAAACAGCCACAAAAGUGAAAACUGCCCCGAAAGCAAAGGCCAAAGCUGGAGACCAGGCCAAAGCCAAGACUGCAGAUAAGGUCAAGUCAAAACCCACAGCUAAAACAGUGGGCAAACAGACAGUCAAAACAAAAACUAAGCAGACGGACAAAAAGGACGCCAAACCAGUUACAAAAAAGACUGCGCAAAGCUCUGUAGAAAAGGAAUCCAGGGAUCCUAAAACAGACACCGCAUCAGAAUCUCAGAAAGACAAGGACGAGCUGUGAUGCAAACAGAACCUGACUUUUAUUUUUUUCGUGGUGUCUAUUUUUCUACUGCUUGGAGUACUUUAUAAAGGUUUCUUCUGUGGGAGUGCUGAAUCAAAGUGCGAAGUUGAGUUGUAAAAAAUGUUAAAUGUCUUUUAAUCAUGUGGUCAUGAUGUUACCUAGAAUUGCAAGCCAUGUUGAAAUACCAAGGGACUGCAGUAUUGUUGAGGGCGGUCAAUUUUUAUUACAGUCCUAUAUUGAUUAGAAGUUUUUCCUUUUUUUUUUUCUCGAGAGAGUCCCCUUCAGUAAUUAAAGGUACUGUAACCCUCUUUAUCUGUUACUCAAAGCCUCAUACUUAAAGAGAUGGUGGUGUUUUCAUCAUGACUACAAAAACGCAAUUCAAAAUUUUGAUGAGAGGUUUUUAUUAUUUUUUCGUACUUCUAAGUGUGUUUCUGUUGCUUUUCAGUAAUGAGAAUGGAAAAGCAGACGGAGAAGAUGAUAAAACUGAGUUGAGCAGAUUUACUUUUAUCGUGAGGAUAAAUGAAAUAAAAAUAAUGUUUAUCAACUGUGGUGAGUCUGUAUUAUGGAAAAUGACAAGUUU